CUCCCCCCUCGGGGCGAAGCCGCGUCACGUGCAGGGAAGAAAGAACCAGAGGCGCGCUGGGCGUGGGGCUGAGCGGCCAUGGCAGCUCUGGAGCCGCUGUCCCCCGCGGGCGGCGCGGGCGAGGAGGCGCCGGAUGAGGACGAGGACGAGGCGGAGGCCGAGGACUCUGAGCGGCCGGGGGCAUCGGGUGGCGCGCGCAGCGGCGGCGGAGGCGGCGGCGGUGGCGGCGGGGCCGGGCCAGGGAGCUGCGGCGGGCCGGGGGGCGCGCUCACCAGGCGCGCGGUCACGCUGCGGGUGCUCCUGAAAGACGCGCUGCUGGAGCCCGGCGCCGGGGUGCUGUCCAUCUACUAUCUGGGGAAGAAGUUCGUGGGAGACCUGCAGCCCGAUGGGAGGAUUGUGUGGCAGGAAACGGGCCAGGUGUUCAACUCACCCAGCGCCUGGGCCACCCAUUGCAAGAAGCUGGUGAACCCGGCCAAGAAGUCUGGCUGUGGCUGGGCCUCUGUCAAGUACAAGGGCCAGAAACUGGACAAGUACAAGGCUGCCUGGCUCCGGCGAAACCAGCUCCAUAUACCUGCAGCUGCCGCCGAUGAGAGCCCGGCCAGCGAAGGAGAGGAGGAGGAGCUGAUGAUGGAGGAAGAGGAGGAGGAGGUUCUGACAGGAGCCUCAGCGGAGGACAAGAGUCGGAGACCACCGGUGAAGGGCCUCUCGGAGCCUGUCCACCCUGAGGCCACGCCCCCAGGGAAAAGGGUGGAAAACAAGAUCCGGGUGCCUGUGCGCUACUGCAUGCUGGGUAGUCGAGACUCUGCCAGGAACCCGCACACCCUGGUGGAAGUAACAUCCUUCGCAGCUAUCAACAAGUUCCAGCCGUUCAACGUGGCCAUCUCUACCAACGUGCUGUUCCUGCUGGACUUCCACAGCCACCUGACCCGCAGCCAGGUCGUGGGGUACCUGGGCGGCCGCUGGGACAUCAACAGUCAGAGUGGGUAUUUGGGGCCUGUGGGCAGGGGGGUGUUUGGGGCUGGGGUCGAUGUCCACGCCUUCUCCCGCCUCCGCGCAGUGCUCACGGUGCUGAGAGCCUUCCCCUGUCGGAGCCGGCUGGGGGACGCGGAUACCGCGGCCACCAUGGAAGAGGAGAUUUACCAGAGCCUGCUCCUGCGGGGCCUGUCCCUGGUGGGCUGGUACCAUAGCCACCCGUACAGCCCGGCGCUGCCGUCGCUGCAGGACAUCGACGCGCAGAUGGACUACCAGCUGCGGCUGCAGGGCUCCAGCAACGGCUUCCAGCCCUGCCUCGCCCUGCUCUGCUCCCCUUACUACUCUGGUAACCCGGGCCCGGAGUCCAAGAUCUCGCCCUUCUGGGUGAUGCCGCCCCCUGAGCAAAGGCCCAGUGACUAUGGCAUCCCCAUGGACGUGGAAAUGGCCUACGUCCAGGAUAGCUUCCUGACUAAUGACAUCCUUCAUGAGAUGAUGCUGCUGGUGGAGUUCUACAAGGGCGCCCCUGACCUCGUCAGGUUCCAGGAGCCUUGGAACCAGGAGCACACCUACCUCGACAAGCUCAAGAUCUCCCUGGCCAGCAGGAUGCCCAAGGACCAGGGCCUGUGCCAUGUGCUGGAGCAGGUUUACAGCGUCCUCAAGCAGGGGAGCUGAGAGCACCAGCCUCCAAGGACCGGGGAGGCCUUUGGUCAGAUGUGGCUCCCCGAGGCUCUGGGUGAGGGGAAUCGGCCCAGGGCCUUUGUGCUGCUUUGUUGCUGUGUGACUGAGGUGUGUGACAGCAAGGGCUCAGAUAAUAAAGGAGAAACAGCCUA